CGAUUAUUAUUCGUCAGCUGUGACCUAUGUUUGUGUGUCGGACGGGUAUUGUAAUACAGUUUACGGUUUAAAACGUCUUUGGAAGCGGCCAAAUAACCGCUUCUAUGGCCGAAGAAUUAAAUUGUCGUACGGAAACUUUAAUUGAAGCAGUAAAGAAAAGGCCAAUAUUGUAUAACAAACAUCAUCCAGAUUAUAGCAACAAGGAUGAUAAAGAGCAGGCUUGGCUAGACGUGUGUGCAGAAAUAUUACCACAAUGGUACGAUUACGGGGAAUCUGAUAGAAAUUCGAAACUUUUUCACGUUCAAAGAAGAUGGAGGAAUCUAAGAGACAGUUUUAGAAAAGAUAUAAAUUUAAGAAGAGAAGUGAAAAAUCCUAAAAAAAAGCGAGAAUAUAUUUAUUAUAGGUCAUUACUAUUUUUAGAGCCUUUUCUUUUAAAAGAUGAUGAAAAUAAAUGUGAUCCGCCAAAACUCGACGAACCUGAAGAAGAAGAAGAAGAAACGUCGAAUACUGCAGUAAUUAAAUUCGAAAGUGAAGAAUCUCAAUAUACUGACACCUCUGUUGGUUCUCGAAAACGAAGAAAAACUAAGCAUAUAUCCUAUGAGACUGUCCCAUCGCAAUCCCCUGUAUUAGAAGUUUGGGAGGGGUCCCAAAAUGGUGAAAUUACUGAAGAUUCAUCUUUUUAUCUAAAUCCAGAUAUAGAUGAGGACAGAUAUUUUCUGUUAUCAUUGUUGCCCUCAUUUAGGAACCUUCCUCCACAGCAAAAACUUUCUGUUAAAGUCGAGUUUUUACAAGUACUGCAAAAGUUCUGUUUCCCCAAUAGUGAAGAUCCAUUAAAUCACUCCACAAAUUGAUAUUUAUGUCUAAAAAAAUUUUUAUAAUGGUUAUUAAAUUUGGAUAUUUUUACUA